AAAAAAAAAAAUGAAGAAGAAUUUUGGGCUGAGCCACCUAUUCAUGGCGGUGUUCCUCCACUGCUUUGCUAACUUCAUGGUGGUUCCGGCCAUAACCGACGUCACGUUGGCGGCAAUUUGUCCCGGAAAAGACGAAUGCUCGUUGGCUAUAUAUCUCUCAGGGGCACAACAAGUGAUGAUAGGUUUGGGAUCACUUGUGGUAAUGCCUUUGGUUGGGAAUCUCUCGGACAGUUAUGGAAGAAAAGUCAUGCUUACUGUCCCCAUGACUCUCUCAGUCUUCCCACUAGGAAGUGUUCAGUUUCUUGCUCUUGCAUACGUGGCAGAUAAUGUUCCAGAGGGCAAAAGGGCUUCUGUUUUCGGGAUCAUGUCCGGAUUUGCAUCUUCUUCUUUCGUAUUCGGGAACUUCUCGACUCGUUUUCUAUCGACUUCAGCCACAUUUAAAGUAGCUGCAGCAAUGUCGAUUAUUUCAUUGCUCUAUAUGAGAGUGUUUCUUCCAGAGUCGAACAACAGCAUUUGUUCAAAGGCCACAGAAAAUGAUUGUCUUCUCGAGAAAAAUCCCAUGAAAAAAUCAAGUCUUUUCAGGACUCUGCCUUCUAUGGACGAUGCCAUUUGCUUGUUGCGGAUUAGGCUCAAUUUCACUUUAACAAAGACGAAUUCGCGGACCUGAUGAUAAUUGUUGGGAUUGGUGGAUCUAUAUCACAGGUAGUAAUUUUUAUUCUAUACAUUAAUAUGAUUAAUUGGCUCAAAUAUUAAUUAACUCGAAAAUUAGUGUGGUUGACUCUGUUUUGCAUUGUCUUUCAGCUCAUUGUCAUGCCUUUAUUAACUCCGCUCAUGGGAGAAGAGAAGAUGCUUUCCGUGGGCCUCUUUUUCGGCUGUGCUCAUAUGGUACUUUACAGCAUUGCUUGGGCUCCCUGGGUUCCUUAUAUAGCAGCAAUGAUCACCGUUGUAGCUACUUUUGCUCUGCCAUGUCUACGAAGCAUUGCGUCGAAACAAACAGGGCCGAGUGAGCAGGGAAAGACGCAAGGGUGCAUUACGGGCAUAUGUUCUUUUGCCAACAUUGUCUCUCCUCUUGCUUUUACUCCUUUGACAGCAUUGUUUCUAUCGGACGAUGCACCAUUUCACUUUCCUGGAUUCAGCAUUAUGGUCUCCGGCUUAGCAGCUAUGAUAGCAUUCGUACUAAGUGUCACGAUAAGGCCAACUCCUUCUCGAGCCCAUAGUUGCACCUCUGACCAAACAGAGCCCUUAGUUUGACUGCUGAAGGGCUUCCGGUCUAAAUUAUGAAUCCAACUUUCUUUUUUUAAAAAAAAAAAAAAAAAUUAUUGUGGCAAUAUAUGAAAAACUAGGAUAUAGUGAAGGCAUUUAUGCCUGCAGAUCAAAAGGCUACAUUUUGGUGAAUGCCUGUUGAAGAUAGUAGUGUGCCUGUGUGGGUAGUUCCUGUAAUUAUAGAUACGUCCAAUAUAGGUAAUUUCAGAUUUUUCUUUUGAUCUUUUGGUCCAAUCUAUGUUUUAUUUUCAAGAAGUGACUCUUAUUAGUAGUAGUUGUGUAUAGAAUAGAAAAGUUAUUGCACAUUAGCAGUUGUAAUAUCAUUUUAUAAUUAUAUUUGGUUUUAAGAGAAGAUGUUCAUCAUAUUCAAAUAAUGUUAUACCACUUCAUUUCACAUUUUGUGAAGUAGAAGCAUGCUUUUGAGAUGGUCACAGAGAAAACUGGAGUUGGAGAAGGGCAAAAAGAAAAAUAAAA